AUGUAUUGGCCAUCAAUGAAUGCAGAGAUAGAAGAUACAGUCAAGAACUGCACUAAAUGUGCAAAAUUCCCAAGAAAAAAUUCAGCAGAACCUCUCAUGCCUACUUCAGUACCCAACUAUCCAUUUGCAAAAGUCUCAACAGAUAUUUUUGACUUCGAGGGAAAGAACCAUCUCAUUACGGUUGAUUAUUUUUCCAAAUAUAUUGAGGUGGAUGAACUUAGAAAUCUCACCAGUGAACAUGUUACUGAAAAACUAAAAAGUCAGUUUUGUCGUCAUGGCAUACCUGAAAAACUACGGAGUGAUUGCGGACCACAGUUCACAAGCAAACAGUUCCAGCAGUUUUGUAAAGACUAUGGCAUCAAUCACAACACAUCAAGUCCAAAGUUCCAAUGGGGAGGCAGAACGUGCUGUUCAAACGGUAAAGAAACUGUGGAGAAAGAACACCGACUGAUAUCUUGCACUUCUUGA